CCUAAUGUUUGCCCAUCAGGCAUUGAUUCAUGGCCUGGGAAGCAGAUGCAUAGCCACAACUACAGAGUUCCUGAGCCAUUUCAGGGUCAGGUGGUUGUGAUAAUUGGAAGUGCAGCUAGUGCCACUGAUAUCUCCAAAGACAUUGCUGGUUUGGCCAAAGAAGUUCAUAUUGCAAGCAGAUCAGCACCUGAAGGAACUCCCAUCAAAGAUCCUGCUCAUGAAAAUAUCUUUAUUCACUCCAUGAUCGAAAAAGCCUUUGCUGAUGGAACUGUGCUGUUCCAAGAUGGAAGUUCUGCCUUUGUUGACGUUAUCAUGCACUGUACUGGGUACAAGUAUCACUUUCCUUUCCUGAAAACCAACGGCAUUGUGAAUGUUGAAGACAACCGGGUAGGACCUCUAUAUAAGCAUGUCUUUCCACCAUUGCUGGCUCCAUAUCUUUCCUUCAUUGGAUUAACCACAAAGAUUAUUCCUUUUCCAAUGUUUCAAUUGCAAAGCAAGUGGAUUGCUGGUGUUCUAUCAGGAAGGAUAAUUCUACCACCGCAAGAAGAGAUGAUGGAAGAUGUCAAGAAUUUGUAUUCAGAAAUGCAAUCUGCUGGAAGGCCCAAAAGAUACACACACAAUAUUGAAAAUUACCAUUUUGAAUAUGCUAAUUGGUUGGCAAGAGAAUGUGGGCAUCCUCAAGUAGAAGAGUGGAGGAAGCUCAUGUACUAUGCAAAUAGAAAAAACAGGGCUGCAAAGCCAGAUAGGUACAGAGAUGAGUGGGAUGAUGAUGAUUUGGUCAAAGAAGCUCAUGAACAUUUCAGGAACAUUUUCAAUUCAACUUAAGGAUUGCAAAUUAAAUUUG